AUGAACAUAACUUAUCCUUAUUCUACAGUUUUUCAACAAGAAAAUAGUUCAUCUGUUGAAAGGUGUAGUGAUGAAGAAAUAACAGAUUUGAAGGACUCUUGGAAAAAGUGCAUGAACUCACUUUCAAAAGAACAAAGAAAAUUAAUUGAAACCUACGUUCAAUAUAAGUCUGAAAAGAUGGCAAAGAAAAUUAUUAAGGAAUAUUUAAGAGAACAAAGGACUGACACUGAAAAAGAAGAGAAUGAUUUUGGUUGUAUUAGUGAUGAAGAGUGUGAUGAAAGUUUAAAAGAUAAAAAGUACUUUUUAAAGAAAGAAAAAAAAAGAGAAAAGAAAAUAAUGAAAAAAAAUAAUAAGUACAUGAAAUAUCCUAUGUUUAAUUAUUACCAAGGACCUUAUCCAAUGGUAGGGCCAAUGUUUGUUCCACCUCCAAUCUAUUAUCCAUCUCAGCAACUCUUCCCACAACCACAUCAAAAGGCUGGGUAUUGUAAAUGUAACUAUUAUCCUCCACCACUUUACAGAAUUCCACCACCAAAUAUACCACCAAAUGGUUAUCUACCUAUUCCACAAUAUAUUCAAAGAUAA